AAAGCAGCCAACAGGGGAAGCAUAUAUCGAGUUGUCAUCAUUUCGAGAUAUUAAUGCGGCCAUGAGACGACAUAGGGACAGAAUUGGUACCAGAUAUGUUGAAAUAUUUGAAUCCAAGUCUAGCAUUUUGGAGAAAGAAAAGAAAAACGGAGCAACAAACGAGUUUGGAUUUAACGAAAAUCGGAAGGACCGACCACGAGGCAGGCUUGUCGAACGGAACUCUUUUGACCGAGGAUUUGAUCGUUCGUUUGACCGAGGCGGUGGCGGAAUGUGCGGUCGCGGAAGCUUCAGUGGUGGCGGAAUGGGCUUCUCCGGUGGAAUGAGCAUCUCGGAUUUUGCACGGGAGCGCGGAUUUGGACAAGAGCGUGAUUUUCGUGACCGAUCUUUUGGGCGUGACUCCGGAUUCGGGCGCGACUCCGGAUUUGGUCGUGAUUCUGGAUUCAGGCGGGACUCAAGUUUUGGUAGGGAUUCAAGAUUUGGACGGGAUGAACGACCUUUUGGACGAGAGCGAGAGCGUAGCAAGGAUCGGGGACCUCCGAAGAGUGAGGCUAGUCCCUACUGCAUCAAGCUACGUGGACUACCCUGGACUGCUACUAAAGAGGACAUCAUCGACUUCCUUCCAGACUGUAAUGUCCUCAACGGGGUACAUGGAGUUAUACUCAUCAUUGAAGAAAAAAGGAAUAGACCAAGUGGAGAUGCCUAUGUGGAGGUGGAAUCCAGUGACGAUAUUGCUCCAGCUCUUAAACAGCACAAGAAGAAUCUAGGAUCAAGGUAUGUUGAAGUAUUUGAAGCGAGUAGCAAGGAUGUAGCGCGAGCUAAGGAUCGGGAGCUUGAGACAAAGGCGCGCCGGGACGGAUUCAUGGUCAAUCUUAGAGGACUACCUUACAGUACAACUGAGCGAGAAAUCAAAGACUGGGUUUCCGAAGUAGCAGAAGCACUUGAUGUAGUAAUUCCAGAUGACAGACGAGGACGACCUUCUGGUCAGGCCAUGGUGUACUUCAGAACAGAGUCAGAGGCCAAAGAGGUCGCCACAGAGAUGCACAAACGAGAUCUAGGGAAGAGGUAUAUAGAAUGCUUCUAUGAGCCUGACAAGGAUAAAAAAUGAACCCCCGGGUCUGGAAUCCUGGCUACGUGUGAAUAUGUUCUCUGCAUUCUUCUUUCUUCCUGUCACCUUUGUUAUCAAGCUCAACUCGUGUUAAAUAUUUUUAUGUAGGGUUACCCUCAAAGGCCGAGACGUUAGAGAUGACUGUGCGGAACGUAUUCUGUUUGUUUCCUAAUAUUCACGAUUCCCUGCAAACUUGAAAUCUUUGUUCCGCCAAAUAAUUAAAUAUUAGAAUAUUUAUGGCAGAAAUCUUAAUUUAACCUUGGGAUCGUCAUAAUAUCUGAGUUUUACAUCGUCUUUCUUGUCUCAUCGUUGUUUGGUAACCCUGUCUUAGUGUUUUGUAUUUAUCUCAUUUCACAGACUUUUUCCAGAAAA